AUGUCAGUCCAAAUCUUAGGCGACCAAGCCACCGAGGAGCGUGGGGAAAACGCCCGGAUGCUGGCAUUUGUUGGGGCCAUUGCCGUGGGUGACCUCGUGAAAUCCACCCUUGGCCCUAAGGGUAUGGAUAAGUUGUUGCAACUGUCGUCAGACCCCAACAAGUCGCUUGUCACAAACGAUGGUGCCACCAUCCUCAAAUCGAUUCCCUUCGACAAUCCCGCCGCCAAAGUGUUGGUGAACCUUUCCAAAGUGCAAGACGACGAGGUCGGCGACGGUACCACGUCAGUGACGGUGCUCGCGGCUGAAUUGCUUCGAGAAGCGGAAAAGUUGAUCGAGAAGAGAUUGCACCCGCAAAUCAUCAUUGAAGGUUACCGCCAGGCACGUAACGUGGCCGUGGAUGCUCUCACCAAGCUGGCAGUCGACAAUGGUGCUUUCCACGAGUCAUUCCGUCAGGAUCUCCUUAAUAUCGCCCGCACCACCCUUUCAUCGAAGAUCUUAUCUCAGGAUAAAGAACAGUUUGCUACCAUGGCAGUUGACGCUAUCUUAAGACUUAACGGUAAGACCAAUCUCAAUCAUAUCCAAAUCAUCAAGCAGGCGGGGGGUAAGCUUUCCGAUCUGUACCUCGACGAGGGUUUCAUCCUUGAUAAGAAAUUUGGCAUCCUGCAGCCGAAAGAAAUUGGCCCAUGCAAGAUUUUGAUUGCCAACACGUCGAUGGAUACUGACAAGGUGAAGAUUUUCGGCGCCAAAUUCAAAGUGGACUCGACGCUGAAGCUUGCGGAUUUGGAGAAGGCAGAAAAGGUGAAGAUGAAGGAAAAGGUGGAAAAGAUUAAAAAGUUCGGCGCCAAUUGUUUCAUCAACCGCCAACUUAUCUACGACUACCCGGAACAGUUGUUCACCGACGCUCACAUCAAUACCAUCGAACAUGCUGAUUUCGAUGGCGUCGAAAGAUUAGCUUUGGUUACCGGAGGUGAUGUCGUUUCAACUUUUGACCAACCCGAAAACGUCAAACUCGGAGAGUGUGAGCAAAUCAAGGAGAUCAUUAUUGGUGAAGACUCAUUCCUCAAAUUUUCUGGCUGCAAGGCGGGCGAAGCCUGCACCGUGGUGCUCAGAGGGGCCACCGAACAGGUGUUGGACGAAGCGGAACGGUCGUUGCACGAUGCCCUUCUGGUGUUGCUGCAAACCACCAAGGAAACCAAGACGACUUUAGGUGGCGGGUGUGCCGAGAUGGUGAUGUCUAAAGCGGUGGACCAAGCUGCGGCCAACGUUGACGGUAAACAACUGCUUGCUAUUGAAGCUUUUGCGCGUGCGUUACGUCAAUUACCGACGAUCUUAGCUGAUAACGCCGGGUUCGACUCGCUGGAGCUCGUGAGUAAGCUUAGACUGGCGAUCUACAAUGGUAUGACUACGCUGGGCCUCGACUUGAACAACGGUACCGUCGCGGACAUGCGCGAGCUUGGUAUCGUCGAGCUGUACAAGCUCAAGCGGGCGGUAGUACUGCUGGCAGCGGAGGCCGCAGAAUUGUUGUUGAGAGUCGACAACAUUUUGCGCGCGAAGCCGCGUACGGCGGAUCGGAAUCAUUAA